GCUGAGAUUACAGGCAUGCACAACCACUCCUGGCUUUUUCUUUCUUCUUGUUUGACAGCCAUCAAACCACUGGUGGUAUCAUAACUCAAGAUCAGAACCUGCUUCCAUAGCCACCGUUCAUCAAGAGGUCCUUGGAGGAAAAGCUCAGCUCCCUUGAAUUCGUAGAUCAGUCAGAGCAAGAGUUCCUUGGUCUCGGUGUGGGUAGCACCCUGUCAAUUAUCCCUGUUAAACACACCUAGACGGGGGCGAGGGGGAUUUAGCUCAGUGGUUCCGGCGCCUGCCUCGAAAGUGCAAGGUCUUGAGUAAGAUCCCCGGUACCAAACAAAAAACAAAAAAACCCACCUAGAGUCAGUGGGAGGCACCUAAAGCAGAGGUGUCUGGUCUUUAAAUUCUGGAAGCCUGAGAUUUCACCAGCCCCCUUCUUCCUGUUUCUGUUGCUUUUCUGUUCCCCCAGCACCUUUCUUGGUCUGUGUUACACCUUUGUUGGGACGGACUGGCCCUGAACGCAACUUCCCAUGAUCUUCAAUAAUAGCUGCUUAUUACUUACUACUGGGUGUAGGCUUGGCAAUUCUUUCCCCUUCAUACACAGGAACCUGGACUAUUAUUGGCCCGUUCAACUGUAACACCUUUAGAAUACAAGUAUGUUAAGAAGUAUUUAUUCAUCCUAGGUCCAGGGAUUUAGCUCAGUGGUGUCGCACCUGCCUCACAAGGUCCUGAGUUUGAUCCCUGGUACCGGGGAACAAACAACAAAAAAGAAGUAUUUAUUCAUCCUUGACACCUGGGCUGAAGUUGGAGCUGCAUUUCACCUGUGACUGGAAGGAGCUGAAUAAAGGAAGGUCACAUGACAAUAAACAUGGCUCCCUCUGCUGUUGCCCCUAGGGCACAGACGCGGUGGAUCUGGCUUGAUGAGUUAGACUUCAGUGCACACAGGCCAGGCAGAUAUUGGCCCCAUUCUGAUACACCCAGUAGGCACUGACCCGGCUCAGUUCAUAGCUCACUGCCCAGGCCGGUCCUUCCAUGCUGUCACCGAGCCCUGUAUCCUGCACAUCUCCCAACCCGGACAGGGAGAACCCGAGCAAGAAGGUCCAGUGGGCUUCACAGGGGAAGAGAAGGACAUCAUCCACAGACUCAGAGUCCAAGUCCCACACAGACCCCUGCAGGCUGGCCAGGUCCCGGAGGCCCAGCCGGCUGACGGUGAAGUACGACCGGGGGCAGCUGCAGCGCUGGCUGGAGAUGGAGCAGUGGGUGGAUGCACAGGUUCAGGAGCUUUUCCAGGAUCAAGCAGACCCCUUUGAGCCAGAGAUUGACCUGGAGGCUCUCAUGGAACUUUCCACCGAGGAACAGAAGACUCAGUUGGAGGGCAUUCUCCGAAACUGCCCCCGGCCCACUGAGCCUUUUAUCUCUGAGCUGCUUAGUCAACUCAAAAAACUUCGGAGACUCAGCCGGCCUCAGAAGUAAGCCCGGAAAGACUGUCCAUCCUCGGCAGCCUCCGCACUGCCAGGCCUGUCAUGACCUCCUGGAUCCUGGCUGAGUGGGAAGCAGCUCCUUGGGACCCAAACAAGGACCAAGGAAGAUGAAGGACACUUGUAUACCUUGUGUGUAUGUGCAGUCACGGCUGUGUUCUCUGGGCUGGGCUCUCUCAAGCUAGUCCUAGCUGUUGCCCAAUGCUUUCCUUGACAGCCGUAUGGAUAAAAACUUAAGGAGACCCAGCUAAAUGGAGUGUGGGCUGUCUGUGCUGAGGGGAGGGAGAGUGUGAAGUGAAACCCCAAGACCAACAUCCUAAGACUGUACCCACAACUUCCCCACCCAUCCCAUCCAUGCCAACAAGCCUUGAGAAUUCAAAGGUGAAGGUCACAGCUCUGGGUUUGUUUUUUUUUUGGUACCGGGGAUCGAACUUGGGACCUUGUGCUUGAGAGGCAGGCGGCAGAAUCACUGAGCUAAAUCCCUGGCCCGAAGCUCUGUUUUGAAGAGAUCACAACUUAGUAAAGCUCAAAGGCCAAGCCCAAGGCACCUGGCUAAGACACAUCAUCCUGGCAUCACCAGCAACAGGGGCCAAGACUAGUGAAUCCCAGGGAGGAAGGUAACAGGAAAUACCUAGCUGGAUCUGGGGCCAUCCGAGGCUAAUCCUUUCUUCCCUCACAGUUGAUGCAGGAGGCCUCAGACUGAGGUAUCUUUCUUGAGUUGGUUCCAGUCAGGAGCAGGAAGAAAAUAUGAAGAGGCCUUGCUGAAGAGUGUACAGGGUACAAGUUGGGUCAGAGAAAGUUAUUAGGAGACAGAUGCUGGGUCUGAAUGGCAGGAGCCCUGGAAGGUGGGGUCCCUUGAGUAAGGGAGGAAGCAGGCAUGUCUGCAAAAUUGUUCCUACAUGCAGUUUGGGUACUAGAAAGGUGAGAAAUCCAAUAUGGAGUCUGGGGGCUAAGUUGGGCUGCCCAGAGCAGGAAGACCGUUCACCUGAAUGAAUAUUCAUGCUCAGCUCCCAAGGCCACGGGGAUGGGUACAGCCGUUCCUGCUGGCAGAAACUUACAGGAUGCUCCAUGCUUUUCUCUCAUCCACAGGACUAUGCUCAUAGCCUACUCUAUGCUUGUCAUCUCUCACAGGGCCAGGCUUAGGACCCACAGGACUCUAGAGA